AUGGUGUUCUGCACCUAUUGCGGCCAGUCCUUUACCCGGGACGAACAUCUCGAGAGGCAUAUCCUCACCCACACCAAUGUGAAGCCCUUCAAAUGCUUCACAUGCCACAUGUCGUUCGCUCGUCGAGAUCUCCUCCAGCGUCACUACACCGUCCACGGCCGGGACCAGAAUAACCAGGAGGGCCUGCCCCCGAGCAACGGAAUCAUUCCCAAAUCCGCCGGCCGCACCCCGAUCGCCUGCAGCAAUUGUGCGAAGACCAAGACGAAAUGCGACAAGAAGUUCCCCUGCAGCCGCUGCGCCGGCCGCAACUUGAAGUGCACUCUCCGCCCCACUCGUCGAGUCUCGAAACAGAUGAACCGUGUGGGAGGUCCCGUACAGCCUGGCGAGGCUGGUGUUGUUGGCGCAGCUAGCUCCGCUCCUUCGGAAGGCAGUGGUGAGAACGCGUCGAGUAGGUCUCCUCAGAGCAACUCUCCUCCGGCCCAGCCCCAAGAACCAGUCCAGCAACAGCCCCUUCCCCAGCAACAGCAUACGCCCCGCGCUUCCCAUGGACACCACCACUCGUCGUCGUCGGUCUCCCAGCAGUCUGCUGCCUCCCAUGCCUCGCAUCACGCCAGCCCUGAGACCGAAAAGCCCAUGGCUGAUGGCCCUCCCGCCUUCUUCGAGCACACAUCGCCCACCACCGGAGCUCCUGCUGUCCUUCCCGCCGCCAGCGUCAUCUCGCCCAUUCCGACUCCCAUGAACGACUUUGUCCAACACACUCCCAUGUCCGGUUAUGAACAGUUCGCCGGUGCCACUGGACGCAGUUCGGAGCAGAGUGCCAGCCCGCAGUUCGCCAUGGACUGGCAGCAGAUGCCCAUGGCCACCGGCUUCGACAUGGCCAUGAUGGCUCCGGAUAUGAGCAUGGAUUUCGCUGGUAUGCCCGCCGGUCCUCACGGAGACAACAUGUUCUCCAUGAUGCCCGACUUCUCGCAAGCCCUCCCGCCUGUCCAGACACCCAUCACCACGCCUCAGAUGGACCGCGCUCUUUCGGAUCUCGAGCUCGGCAGCUCGGCGUCCAUGCUGUACCCCACGCGUCAAGCAUCAAUAAGCAGCAACCCGGUUACCGGCGUUCCCGAUCUCGGUGCUAUCAUUGCGGCGCAAGACGGCUGGAGUGCAUUCCGCUGUACGCCGCCGAUUCCGGCAUCGUCGUGUCCGCGGACGGCGAAGCUGAACCUGGAAAGGUUAGAGCAGAGCCUGAAGAACCACGAGGUCUGGAGCAGCUGGAGACCGCAGUGGGAAGACGGCGAUUUCCCCACCGGUGGUGAGCGUCUGGCGGUAAUGCAGCUGCAGGAGAGCAGCCGUGACAAGCUGCUCGCGAUUACUCAGUCUUUCCUGCACAAGGCGCUCGACAUCCACAAGGAGGGUAUGAGCAGCUCUCCGGCAAGUGGUGGGUCUCCUCUUUCGAACGGCGGGUCCAACUUCGUUCUCCUCCCUCCAGCACGUGUUCUGGAAUACUUCCUCCGCUCGUACGCCAACAGCUUCGAGGCGUACUUCCCCAUGACUGCUCACGGUGUCCUCGAUGCCAACAACUUGCUCUCGUCAUACAAUGACAAAGCAGCUAGCUUGCUGGUUUUGAUGAUGAUCGCGCAGGGUGCUAUGGUCAUUCCGUCAGUCGAGGCGCGGUGGCUUACCGGUGGUCUCACUGAGGCUUGCCGCAUCUCACUGUUCGACCUGAUCGAGAAGAACAUCAUCAUGAGCGGUGACCCCAUCGUUCUACACUCUGCUCUUCUCUUCACCGUCCAGGCAGCAUGGAGUGGCGACAAGUGGCAGAUGGACAUUGCCAUGGGCCAGCGGGGUAUGUAUUUUGCGAUGCUGCGGCAUUCUGGCAUCCUGGAGCCGAGGCACGCACCCACACCGAGGGUCGAUCAUGCGGGUCCCGAUGGCUUGUGGGAGGACUGGAUUCAGCACGAGAGCCGUAGCAGGCUGAUCUACUCUUGGGCGAUGGUUGACCAGGAGCUGUCCCUCUUCCACGAUACAGCACCGUUAUUCUCUGUCACCGAGUUCGGCGCUCCCAUGCCUGAUGCCGACUGCCUGUGGACGGCCAAGACGGCGGCGGAGUGGUCGGACAUGUUUAACCGGGUGCACGAAUUCGCUGGAGGCUUUUCUUCUGUCGGUUCGGGCGCUCGUCCGUUGUCUCUGCGCGACCUCUUCCGUCAUUUCCUUGAUGACGAGAUCUCGGCGCAGGGCAUCGAACUGACGCCGCUGCACCUGCGCCUGCUGCUGCACCCGCUUCAAACUCUCGUGUGCCAGUAUUGCCAGCUGCUGAGCUGCUUUUCGGAUAACUCGGCGUCGCGGCAACGCACUCGUGCGGUCACGGCAGCGUCGACUCGUGUGCGUCUCGAGGAGGUCCAGUCGUUGCUCCAGCGCUGGUACGACCUUGCGGACAGGUACAUGAAGAACAACGCGCCUUGUGCUCUCAUGCAAGCGAACUUGGUUCUGUUCCACCUCAUCAGCCUCAAUGCCGUGACCAACUUCCCGGAGAUCGAGCGGCUCGCGCGCCGUGAGAACUUCGACGGUAGUUACCAGCAGCUGAUGUGGUUGCACAAGCGCUGCAUCUCCGACGUGGAAGAAGCCAUCUUCCACUGCGGUCAGGUGCUCCGCCUCGUCCGAAGCAUGCCGCGUGCCGUCCGCCCGUCAUGGUGGGCUGGCGCCAUCUACCGCACCGCGCUCAUCUUGUGGACCGAUGCCCUCACCCACAACGAGGGUAUCUCUCCGCCCAACGGCAUGUUCCCCGUGCCAGGGCCGAGCUUUGCGGUCGACAGCCUGCCUGCCGAACACCCAUUGAUCAGCCGCUACCUCACCAAGCGUGAGGGUGUGCCAACGCUGACGAAGCGUGAUGGCUCGCAGCUGAGCAUGGACAACGCCUUCUCGGUCCUGACUCACUGUAUCGAUGUCGUCGACGAGGGUUAUGCCACGAGAUUCUCCGACGGCAUCCGUGGCAAGCUCGAGAGGUUGGCGAGGGGUUGA